CCAAUCCCAGGAAGCGCAGCACGCCGGGGACUUGAGUGGAGCGUCGGAGCGGCAGCGGGAGGCGUGGGGCUGCACUGUCCGUUGUGAUCCAGAGACUAACCGCAGCCGAGCCAGCCGCCUCUCCGCUCUGCUCCGUGUUUCAAAGUGGACGUUUAUUGAACUUGAUGGCGGAAACUUAAAGGACUGAACCCCCCACUCCCACCCCCAGCUGGACUACUGGUUAACAUCCGGGAACUGGGACAAUUUUUUUUGUUGUCUUGUCCAAAAUAUUCACCGGCGACGUCAGCUUCCCCCCCCGGGUGUCGUCUACUCGCUGGAACACCCGUGUGUCGAUGAUGAACCUGGUCACUUUCACAGAAGUCUCGAGAGGACAGAGAGGAGGAUAAUCUCUCCUGGACCAAGUGAAGACCCUCCCCUCCCCGGGGGGUAGUGUGAAACAUGCCCUUGCCAUUUGGCCUAAAACUCAAAAGGACCAGGAGGUAUACGGUGUCAAGCAAGAGCUGUCUUGUCACUCGGAUCCAGCAGCUCAAUGGAGAGUUUGUUGAGUUUACACUUUCGGUGGAGAGCACCGGGCAGGAAUGUUUGGAGGCAGUUGCUCAGAGACUCGAGUUAAGAGAGAUAACCUACUUCAGUCUGUGGUACUUCAACAAGCAAAACCUGCAGAGAUGGAUUGACUUGGAGAAGCCGCUGAAAAAGCAGCUGGACAAGUACGGGCUGGAGCCCACCGUUUACUUUGGCGUUGUGUUUUACAUACCCAGCGUCACUCAGCUGCAACAGGAGAUCACAAGAUAUCAGUAUUACCUACAGCUGAAGAAGGAUGUUCUGGAGGGCAGGAUCCAAUGCUCGCUCGAACAAGCUGUACGUUUGGCAAGCCUGGCAGUGCAAGCUGACUUUGGUGACUUCAAUCGUUAUGACUCCCAGGAGUUCCUCCAGAAGUUUGUGCUAUUCCCCAUUGACUGGAUUCAGGAUGAGCGAGUGCUGGAGGAAGCCACUCAGAAAGUGGCUCUGCUUUACCAGUCCUUCAGGGGUUUGUCGUCACCAGAGGCAGAGAUGUUGUACAUGCAGGAGGUGGAGCAAGUGGAGGGCUAUGGCCAGGAGAGCUAUCAAGCCAAGGACAGCACAGGCACAGACGUCACCAUUGGAUCUUGCCUUGACGGCAUCUUUGUCAAGCACAAAAACGGAAGACCGCAUCUUUUAUUCAGGUGGAAUGAAAUUAACAACAUGAGUCACAACAGGUCCUUCUUUGCCCUGGAGCUCGCCAACAGAGAGGAGAGUGUUCAGUUCCAGACCGAAGACAUGGAAACCUCCAAAUAUGUUUGCCGGAUGUGUCUGGCCAGACUCAAGUUUUAUAAGAUUAACAAGAGUAGCCUAGAGGAGUGUGACCCCCUCCCCACUGAGGGCUCCCAGAGGUGCCUCCUCACUCUAUCCUUUCCUCGCUUUCCAAUGCUCUCUCGUCCCUCUCUGCCUUCUAAUAAGGGCCAAACGCAGCCCGCAGUUGUAAACCCAGUUCGACGGAGAUCCUCGACUAGAAUCUCUCUGCCAAAGCCUCAGGCCUACAUGAUGCCACCUCCCCAAAUGCACUACAAUGGCCAUUUCACAGAGCCUUACACAUCAUCACAAGACAACCUGUACAUGAACACUCAGAAUGGUUACUACUACCACUCUCAGACCAGCCUGGACUGCCCUCCUCUGGAAUACACCAGUGGAGGGCGAUUACGUAACGGCAGCGUCUACAGCGCCCACAGCACCAGCUCUCUAACCAAUCCUCAACACUACCUUCAACCCUCACCCAUGUCCUCCAAUCCCUCCAUCACCAGCGAUAUCACCAGGCCAGACUAUGUCCCCUCCCAUCGCCACAGCGCUCUCAUCCCCCCUUCUUACCGUGCCACCCCUGAUUACGAGUCAGUGAUGCGUCAGAAGAACCGAGGAGUGGGAGGAGGGAUGGUUUUGUCUCAAGAGCAUCGUCAGAGCCACUCAAUGAGGAACCUAAACAUUGGAAACUCGUACGCCUACAGCAGACCGGACCCUCUAGUAUACAGCCAGCCAGAGAUAAGGGGGGAGCAUGGCGGAGCAGCCCAACACUACCAUUACCCUUUCCAUCUGGGCUCCAGCUUUCAUAGCCCCUCUCCAUACCCCUACCCUACUGAGAGGAGGCCUGUAGUGGGGGCGGUUAGUGUCCCAGAGCUCACUAAUGUCCAGUUACAACAAGCCCAGGAGUAUCCAGCUCCCAACAUCAUGAGAACACAAGUGUACCGACCACCUCCCCCCUACCCGUACGCCCACCCUCGGCCUGCCAACAGCACGCCUGACCUGUCACGUCACCUGUAUGUCAGCAGCAGCAACCCAGACCUCAUCAUCACGAGGCGCGUGCACCACUCAGUCCAGACUUUCCAGGAGGACAGUCUGCCUGUUGCUCACUCUCUGCAGGAGGUGUCGGAGCCUCUGUACUACGGACCCCCCCACAGACACCCGUACAACUCUCAGAAGCGUAAUUCCAUUGAGAUCGCUGGACUGGCUCAUAGUCUGGAGGGGAUGAGGGUCAAAGAACGGACCUUGUCUUCCUCGGCAGCUGAAGCUGCUACGCCCCCUCCAGUCUUGCGUGGCGGUCGCUCUCAAGGCUCCCAGCUCAAUGUGUUCUUAGAGCGUACAAAGACAGAGGACAGGGGCGACAUUAAGGAGGACGUGCAGUAUGGACACAAGAAGUCUCUUUCAGAUGCAACCAUGCUGGUUCACAGCAGCGAAGAAGAAGAGGAGUUUGAGGAUGAAAGCGGCCGCCACACUCCACUUUCUCAGGACGCAAUCGCGGCCAUUGUUCCUGAGCAGCAUCACAGCCUAACAUCUCUCUCCUCUCUGCCGACUCAGCAACAGACUCCCACUGAGCCUCCUCCUGCAUAUCCCAUAGGCUCUUCCCUCGACCCCUCCAUAACUAGCUCCUUGACGUACAAGGUUCACCCCCUGAUCCAGGAGAGCGAGCCUCUGUACCUGCUGUCGGAAUUACGACAGCCCAGGAUUAUGCCCUCAGUCUCAGAGGGAGACCUGAGUGGUCCGGCCAAGCAGAAGACUAAAACAGACUUCAAGAAGAGGCCUGUGUCUGAUGGGCCUCCUGGGAAGAAAACUGUGGAAGGUUUACCCCCUGCAGGCAUGAAGAAAGGAGGGAGGUCAGAGGUGAAGAAGAUGGGCCCCCUGAAGGUGGCGAAGCUCAACGGCCUGUCGGUGUCCAGGCAGCCGAUGUUUGACGAGAUCAAGGACGACCCAGAACGAGCCUCCAACGACGAGAGGUGUAAAUUGCUGGAGCAGCACAUGGACAUGGGCGAGCUGUUGAAGGAAUACGAGAAAAUCCCAAAGCGCCCAGGAGGAGAAUACACCGUGGCCCAGCUGCCAGAGAGCGGAGACAAGAACCGCUUCCAGGACGUCCUGCCUUACGACAGCAACCGAGUGGAGCUGGUUCCCACUAAAGAGAACAACACGGGGUACAUCAAUGCCUCACACAUCAGAAUCACGGUCGCAGGACAGGAAUGGAGCUACAUCGCGUCGCAGGGUCCCAUGUCCAACACGUGUCAGGACUUCUGGCAGAUGGUGUGGGAGCAGGGCGUCUCCAUCAUCGGGAUGGUCACUGCUGAGGAGGAGAGCGGCCGAGAAAAGAGCUUCCGGUACUGGCCACGGCUGGGAACGCGCCACAACACGGUGACGUACGGGCGCUUCAAGAUCACCACCCGCUUCCGCACCGAGUCCGGCUGCUACGCCACCACGGGGCUUAAGAUCAAACACCUCCUGACGGGCCAGGAGAGGACGGUGUGGCACCUGCAGUACACAGACUGGCCUGAUCACGGCUGCCCUGAGGACUUCAAAGGUUUUCUCACAUACCUGGAGGAGAUCCAGUCUGUGAGGAGACACACCAACAGCAUCAGUGACCCAAAGAACACAAACCUACCUGUACUGGUCCACUGCAGCGCCGGAGUGGGACGCACUGGAGUGGUCAUCCUGUCUGAGAUCAUGAUCGCCUGUCUGGAGCACAACGAGCCGCUGAACGUCCCAGAGGUCUUGUGGAAGCUGCGCACUCAGAGGAUGAUGAUGGUUCAGACUCUGUCUCAGUACAACUUCAUCUACAAGGUCCUCAUCCAGUACCUGCGCAACUCCCGGCUGAUCUGAGCGCUGCAGGGGAGCCUGUCCGGCCCCCCCGUCAGCGUGCGCCGCCAUCAAGAGAAGAUUUCAGGGUGGAAGUUGUUCCAGGUUUAUGCCAAACUGCACAGUGACGAUGAAGUAGCUGUAAGCCUGCUUUAAUGUAGCAGCCGUGUGCCGGAGCCUGUUUGGGCCGAGUAUUAAACUGGGCAGGGCUGAAGUAUUGAUGUGUGGUUAUACAAAAACGAAAAACAGACGCCAUGCAACAUGAAGGAGCAUGAAGAGCGAAAAACCUGCCUCUAAACAGUAUUAUAUUCUUUUUUACGAACCUUAUUUCUUAAUAAAGCCCCAGCACUUUUGUAGUACGUCGCUGUAAAUAAUGAACCAAUGUUUAAGCUGCAUUAAAAAACUGAUCUUUAUCAUAGGUGUGUAUUGAGAACGGUUGAUCUAAUUUUGCUUGAGGACACUUUUUGAAAUGUCUUGGUUUGCCGUUGCUGUUGAUUCUGAUCGUGAAGGACGUUUCUGUGUCGAUGAGGUGAACACUCUGAUCAGGGUUUGAUUUCGGAGCCGACGGUUCAAAGAUGCAGUAACGCGUGUACCCCCCCCCCCCUACUCAUCUGUGUGAAACAUCUGUUCCCCCUGUUACACACCACCUGCUGAAAUAAAGACGGGUAUGUUGGAAAUUAGAGACGCGUCGCACAUCUGCAGGGGGGUUAGUUUUUUCGGGGGUUGAGAGUAAAACUGGAAAAGUAAUUUUAUACUAUUCAUGACCUUUUGCUUUAAAUGAUGAAAUGUUUUUAAGAAAUCAACUCAGUGCUGUAUUUGAAGGAUGAAGUGCCUGAAUGGAACAUGCUGUAUAUUUUUUUGCAUAAUAUGAAGGAAUUUUUGACAUUUUCUCCCUCAUGGUCAUUUAUUGCUCGUGUUGCAUUGAAGUGAAGCAUCUCUGCAAACGAUCAUAUUUAUGAAUUCACUUUAGAUCCCAGAGAGUCUAGAUGUGCUCUUAUUUUGAAGUGCAUUAAAAACCACCAGCGGGAACUUAACAGUUUGGUCUGGUUUUUCUUGUUUUCAAUUCAGUGAGAAAUCUCUCUUCCGUGGCCUCUGGAUUAUUUAACAGUCAAACACAGCAUCGCUCAUCUGGAGCCGGACACAGUCUCUUUCCUGCAGCUGCUCUAAGGAGCAUUUACAAAUCGAGUGAAUCUGUUCAGGAACUAUGUCAAGUUUACACUAAGUGAAAUAAUGUUAAUUAUAUCAGUUUGAUAUAAAUUUGCAGAUUUAUAGUUAAAGGAAUCAACUAAAUUUAUUUUGUGGCCAAAGUGAAGAGAUUGUCGCUCAUUUUUCUUACCCUGAUAUUUUUGUUGACAAAGAUACACAGGCCGUGAUGUUAUCGGAUCUUUUUUAACAUCCAUAUUUUGUUUUGUUUUUUUAUUGCUUGAGAUUUGUUUGUUUGUGGUUUUGAGAAACUGCUUGAGGUUCAGUUUGGAGACUGGAAAAGAAAGCUCUCUGUGGCCAAGGUGUAACUGUACAGGUCUGUUGUUCAUAAUGUAAAAUUCUGCUUGAAUGAAUAUUGGUUAUUGUACAAACUGUGUAAACUAUCUAUUGAAGAACAAUUGGAAAAACAAACGAGAAUAAAUAUUUGGAAAUGAUGCAUCCUC